GUGGAGAUAUCAGUGUCGAGUUAGAGCUGCCUGUCUAUUCUUAGGUGACUCUCCAGCUGGGCUGUGCAGGCAAGGCAGACCGGGUGGUUUCCCUGCUGGGGUGGAGAGGGCGAGGCUAAGGGCGGUCAGUGCACCAAUCCCGGGAUGGCUUACAGCGUGACCCUCACAGGCCCAGGACCCUGGGGCUUCCGUCUCCAGGGGGGCAAGGACUUCAACAUGCCACUCACCAUCUCUCGGAUCACCCCCGGCAGCAAGGCAGCCCAGUCUCAGCUCACCCAAGGGGACCUUGUGGUAGCCAUCGACGGCGUUAACACGGACACCAUGACCCACCUGGAAGCCCAGAACAAAAUCAAGUCGGCCAGCUACAAUCUGAGCCUCACGCUGCAGAAGUCAAAGCGCCCCAUUCCCAUCUCUACCUCAGCUCCUCGGAUUGAGUCUCCAAUGCCUGUGAUUCCCCAUCAGAAGGUUAUAACCAACUCACCUGCCAAUGCGGAGUACCAGGAACGCUUCAAUCCCAGUGCCCUGAAGGACUCUGCCCUGUCCACCCACAAGCCCAUCGAGGUGAAGGGGCUUGGGGGCAAGGCCACCAUCAUCCAUGCCCAGUACAACACACCCAUCAGCAUGUACUCACAGGAUGCCAUCAUGGAUGCCAUUGCUGGCCAGGCCCAAGCUCAGGGCAGCGAUUUCAGCGGUAACAUCCCCGUUAAAGACCUUGCAGUAGACAGUGCUUCCCCUGUGUAUCAGGCUGUGAUUAAAAACCAGAACAAGCCUGAAGAUGAAGUGGAUGAGUGGGCCCGCCGGUCCUCCAACCUGCAGUCCCGCUCCUUCCGAAUCCUGGCGCAGAUGACUGGGACAGAAUACAUGCAAGACCCUGAUGAAGAGGCCCUGAGAAGAUCAAGUGGCAAGGACAGUUCGAAGGAGUCAGCAGGAAGAAGGAUCCUUGGUUCUUCUUAUUCCCCGGCGGCUUCGGCAUCCCAUGCUCCCACCUAUAAUGAAGCUCCUGCCACGGCUCCUAAGCCCCGGGUGGUCACCACGGCUAGCAUCAGACCUUCAGUCUACCAGUCAGUACCUACAAGCAGCUAUAGCCCAGCUCCAGGAGCAACCUACAGCCCAGCCCCUGCCUAUACCCCAUCCCCAGCCCCUGCCUACACCCCAUCCCCAGCCCCUGCCUAUACCCCAUCCCCAGCCCCUGCCUACACCCCAUCCCCAGCCCCUGCCUACACCCCAUCCCCAGCUCCUUCCUAUAACCCUUCCCCAUACAGUCCAGCUCCAUCAGCAACCUACAGCUCUGGCCCAGGGGAGCCAGCCAGCCGCCCCCCGUGGGUGACCGAUGACAACUUCUCUCAAAAGUUCGCCCCUGGGAAGACCACCACCUCGAUCAGCAAGCAGGUCCUCCCCCGGGGUGCCCCAGGACCAUCGCCAGGCUAUACUCCUGCUGGCACCCAGGUACCCACAUUAGCCCGAGGCACCAUCCAGAGGGCUGAGCGCUUUCCAGCCAGCAACCGGACUCCUCACUGUGGACACUGUAACAGCAUCAUCCGGGGCCCCUUCCUGGUGGCUAUGGGUCGCUCCUGGCACCCAGAAGAGUUCAACUGUGCCUACUGCAAGACCUCUCUGGCUGAUGUGUGCUUUGUGGAGGAGCAGAAUAACGUGUACUGUGAGCGCUGCUAUGAGCAGUUCUUUGCCCCACUGUGUGCCAAGUGCAACACCAAGAUCAUGGGGGAAGUGAUGCAUGCUCUGAGGCAGACUUGGCAUACCACUUGCUUUGUCUGUGCAGCCUGUAGAAAGCCUUUUGGUAAUAGCCUUUUCCACAUGGAGGAUGGAGAACCCUACUGUGAGAAAGAUUACAUCAAUUUGUUUAGCACCAAGUGUCGCUGCGACUUCCCUGUGGAAGCUGGAGACAAGUUCAUCGAGGCCCUGGGACAUACUUGGCAUGACACUUGCUUCAUCUGUGCUGUCUGCCAUGUGAAUUUGGAGGGUCAGCCUUUCUACUCCAAGAAAGAUAAACCACUGUGCAAGAAACACGCUCAUGCUAUCAAUGUUUAAAAGAAGCUAGCAGCCCCUGGCGUCAGAGGAAAACUCGAUAGCCAACCCUGUUAACUACAAAAAAGGAUAAAUCACGAUGGAAAACUUUUCUUUCUGAGGGGGAGGGAGAGGAGCUAGGAAGCCCCUGAGAUCUUUUGAAGUACAAUUUUAGUCCUUUUUAUGUACACAGAACAUGCAUUUGCCUCGCUCUGACCAGAAGCCAACCCAAGUCUCUCCCAAGAGGAGCUGGUAAUUAAUCCAAGACUGGAAUGGUACUUCAAAAGCUGAGGACACAAUUCUGAGCACUCCAGAGUAUGAAACUAAAAGCAACUUUUCCUAAGAAAUACAAAUAUACUCUUCGAUAAGCUCAGCAAAGUAGCCAUCAGAGCUCUGGCCAUUUCUUGGCUGGCAUUUAUCAAGAGCCCGGCAUCCUUUCGAAGAGCCCUUUAGUCUGUAGCUACAGCUGGCAGAAAGAAAAACAAAAAGUCGGAUGCCAAAAAAAGUUCUAGUUGUAGCAUAUUUUUAGGCCCAUAGCUGUUAGUUUGUAAAGUAAGACAGAUCCAGGCGUUCCUCACCAAAAAAGGAAGCGUUAUUCCAUUAUUAAUACAAUGGUGCUAACUCCCAAAGCAUCAAACUAGAGACCUUUAAAUAAACCAAUUGGAAGCAUUCUCCAUACUGGGAAGGGUGACGAAGAGGAAAAGAAAAAAAAUGAGUGCCAAAGUCAAAAGAAAGAGAAGAUAUUCUAGGAGGGCCUGGGACGUUGAGAAGGGCCAUCCCUCCCCUCAGCACAAGGUUAAGAAAAGUUCAUUUCUUCAGUUCAUCUCUUUUGGUUUUAGACACCCAAUGGCCAUAAAGCACCCAUCUCAUAUUCAAUUUGGGAUGGAAAAAUGGCAUGGGUUUCCCCCAGUUUUGUUCAUUGGUGGAAGAGGGAAAGGGAGGGAGAUGACUUUGGGCAGUAUUUCAGUGUUGUAUCUGUUUUAAGAACUUUCUUGGAAUGGGUCUCCAUCCCCCUGGUACUUCAAACGACCACUGAUUGAAGUCUUUAUCAGAUCCCUUUGUCAGGGUGAGAAAAGCAACCUUAAUUCAUCAGUGCUGGGAAGGAGCAAAGAUGGAAUGUUAAAAUAAAUUGGAUGGCAGAAGGGACUGCCCACCCCAUAAGGAGAGGGGAGCCUUAAGUUCUGCCAAAUUUCUUGAAGACGGAGGGCAUGGAUCACAGACUGGUGGUGUUUCCCAGUUAUAUCUGAUACCACUGUGAUUAGUUCCCCUACGUGGGAUACAUUCUUUAGCCUAUGGUGUUGUUGGCUGAUAAGAAGAAAGGAUAGGACAAUAUUGACUGAAUUGCCCAUCCAUCUUGCUGGCUAACAUUUUUACAAUGUCUUCUGCUUUGGAUUGUGCUAGAAAAAAUCGAAACUUAACCUCGCUAGUCAAUAUAGAAAGUAUUUAUUGAAGCAGCCUUUGAGAUUGCUCAAAUUUCUUAAAUAACGUCAGUAAAGAGCUAAUAUGCCAAAUGGUCAUUUUUAAGCUAUAGUAGAAGAAAAAAAAGGGUGUGAUUUCUGAGUAUGCCAUUUUUGCUUUUCAUUCUUUUUAGCGAGCAAUACUACUUUACUCAUUGAAAAUGUAUAUUUCCAGUUGGAAUGGCUAUUUUUCUCCUUUAAUCAUGAUCAUGAGGAGUUUUCUGCAUCCUACUGCUAACUCCUGCAUUCUUCCUUUUGGGGAUUUUUUCCUUCCCUUUUUAUUCCUUGAUAUAUUAUAAUGAUGUAAAAGUUCCAGUCCUCCCCUGGAAACCGAUACUUGUACGGGAGAGUGUCUUAAGUCUGUUAAGUUGAGAAUGAUAAAUGGUCAUGGAUUUUAAACUUGAUUUCUGAGGACUUCCAUGAAGCCAUCUACGCUCCUUCCUAGCUUAAGCACCAAGACUAGAAAUCUAAGUUGGAGUAUCUUUUUUGUACAUUGACAUUGAUGUUACUUUUCAGAUUGGAGAAAAAUAUUGCCUGGUAAUUUUUUCAAGGGGUAGAUACUGUACAAUCAUCUUCUUUAAAAUAAUCUAAUAGGCAAGGACAAAGAAAUUCCUAAAACAUCCAGCCUGCACUGUUGAAUUGCUGAUAUAUCCAUUAGGGUACCACAGCAGGCAAAAUUGAGGAUUUAGGGCUGAGAAGGACAUUUGAGAUAAUCUAGUCCAACCCCUAAUUUUUUUUUUUAAACCCUAACUUUCCGUCUUCGAGUCAAUACUGCGUAUUGGCUCCAAGGCAGAAGAGUGGUAAGGGCUAGGCAAUGGGGGUCAAGUGACUUGCCCAGGGUCAUACAGCUGGGAAGUGGCUGAAACCAGAUUUGAACCUAGGACCUCCCGUCUCUAGGCCUGGCUCUCAAUCCACUGUGCUACCCAGCUGCCCCUCCAACCCCUAAUUUUACAGAAAAGGAUAUUGAUAAAUGACAAGCCCAGACUGAUAAAGAGAUGUGUCCCUAAGAUUCUCACCUAAGUGGCGGAGCCAGGACUUGAACUCAGAUCUUCUGAGACAUAGGGUCAUAGAUUCCAAGUUGAAAGGGACCGUGGGGGUCACUGAUUCCAAUCUCUUCAUCUUUCCGAUGAGGAUUAUGCCAGAUCACACAGGUAAUAAGUACCCAAACCAGAAUGUGAACCCAAAUUUUCAGACUCCAAAUCCAGCACUCUUUCUAAGUAUUAUGCUCCUUCUUUUCACUCCAAAUCCAGUGUUCUUUCCACUGUAUCAUACUUAGUCUUCUUUGGCCCUUUCACAAAUUUCUUAGUGCCUGGUUUCAAGGGGAGAAAAUGAUGGGGAACCCACGUUCAUAGGGCUAAAUAAUAUCAGAGCCCACUGGAAGGGUUUCUUUUUGGUUCCUUUUUGUAGAAAAUGAUGAGGAAAGUGAAAAGCCUGAAGAGGGAAAUUGGGGGAAUUCGCUUUGCUAUUAUUUUUUGAAGAAACUAGGCUUGGACUGUUUAGAUCACACACACAUACAUACACACACACACACAAUUCUAAAGUUGACAGAAAAAGGAAGUCUCUUAAAGUUUGGUCCUUCGGGGUCAUUAAGUUAGGUACAAUGUUUUGCUUAAAGUUAUCUCUUACUUAUGGUUAAUUGCAUGAAUGCCUAAAGCACGGAACCACACUUCUGAGUCAACACAAGGCAGUAUACUUUGGAUUUGAAAUAUUUGUCUCCUUAGAAUAGACAUCUGUUUAACGUUUCUAAACAUUAACUUUUGCAACAGAGUGAUUUGUGUCUGCAGUGAUGUGCUAGGAAUCUAGCUUUUAUAAUUUUUUUUCAUCCCAAAUGCCUUUGCUUUUGAAUUUUUUAAGAAAAAAGUUUCUAUUUAUUAGCUCAGAAGUGCAAUGUCGUGCUGUUUUAUUAGAAGUGUGAGCCAAUAUAUUUUGCAUGGAGUUUCUACACCAACCAAUGUGAAUUAAACAUUGUCACAAAAUAAAACGAUGAAAAAGGA